AUGUCCUCCUUGACUACCAUUCGUCUCAUACUCCUCAUAGCCAUUCUUCUUCUUCUUGAAGUCCACUAUGUGAGAUCGCAAGACUCACAGCCCGGUGGGCCGACGAUGCCCAACAUCGCGCCAAACUGCAACGCCUUCCACACGGUCGAAGCGGGCGAAUCCUGCUGGUCUAUCUCAACCAAAUACGGUAUCUCGCUUGAUGACUUCUUUGCGUGGAACCCUGAUGUGUCACCGGACUGCGCAACGAACUUUUGGGGAGGUUAUGCAUAUUGUGUUGGAGUAGGCGAUAUACCCUCCUCGAUGGUGACCACUGGCUCAACUGAGCUGCCUUCUUCCUCUUCGAGCAUCAGUAUAACCACCACCACCACCACCCGCGGAAGCAGCAGCAGCGCUGAGCCUUCAAACACGGAGCCAUACUCAACUCGCUACCCUAUUACGGAUUGGAAUAUCACCGCCACAACCACUGAAACCGCUUUUCCUCCCAAGAGAACCCAACCUGGGCAACCUGUGGACUGCACGGACUGGCAUUUAGUGUCUACUGCAGAUACAUGCGACAAUAUCGCAGGCAGCAGCUCGUGGCUGACCAAGGAAAAACUUCUCGAGUGGAAUCCGACGCUAGGCGUGGAUUGCUCUGGACUUUUCGUUGGGUGGUGGGUAUGUGUCAUGGUCCGGCCCCGAACAACAGAGACCUUUACUUGGAUCACCGCCGAUACCCCAGCAGAUGUUCCAACGCUGACAGGAGAGUACACACCGACGCCGUUUCCAUCCGUCAAUUCAAGCUUCACGGCAUCACCCACUCAAUCAGGCAUCGUUCCUGGCUGUUUAUCAUUCUAUUACUCAAAACCUGGGACCACCUGUCGAGAUAUUGUCGAUGGACAUUACGUGACAAAGGAAGAUUUCUUCAAAUGGAACCCCGCUCUGAACAACAACUGCGACGGCCUCUGGGCCGGCUAUUGGUACUGCGUGGUUGGCCCCAAAGGUAUCACAGCAUUGCCGCCUACCGUCACAAUAGCACCAACUGGCCUUCCUCCUGGACAAAACCCAGAGUGUAAAAGCUGGUAUAAGCGCAACGGCGAGACGUGUGAGGAGAUUGUCGGCUUAUUUGGCACUUUCUCACAAACAGAAUUCAGUAACUGGAACCCAAGCAUUCAAUCAGAUUGUUCCGGCCUCGUUGAUGGGAAAUGGUAUUGUGUGAGCAUUCCUGGCACACCAACUACACGCACGGAAGCCGGUUCAACCACGGAAUGGCCAGAAACACCAACCCAAAGUGGAAUUGCAACGAACUGCAGCAAAUUAUGGCUUGUUGGAGUUCACGACACUUGUUUGUCUAUUGCAAACUUCAACGGAAUAACCGAAAUUCAAUUUCUAGGUUGGAAUCCAGCGGUUGGGACAAGUAAAUGCGAUAACCUCCCACUCAACUUCUAUGUUUGCGUCGCAGUUGAUAAUGGAGACUUAUCGGCCGCUGCCACCAAGACGACCACCGAGUCGUCGCCAUAG